CGAUGAAAAGGUCCUCCCUUUCACUCGCUCUGUGAGUGUGUAGCUGAGCUGGCCAAUCAGAAUCCUCUUCAACCAAAGUCCCUCCCUCUGGCUUGCAUCGACGUUAUUAAUCAAGGAAGUGGGAAACUGAGACGGACGGACUCCAGUGACUGACUGUUUCUCAGCGAACUUUAAACAGAGACUGACAUGAUUCUCAAACUGUAAUCGUUUGUGAAAGUCAAAGCAAACUGUGUUAGCAGCCGUUGCAAAAGAGAGUCCACCGGUAACAAGACUAUGGCUUCGAAACCUUUCUCUGAAGAGGAUUUCUCUUGUCCUGUGUGCUGUGACAUCUUCAAGGACCCUGUUGUCCUCUCAUGCAGUCACAGUCUGUGUAAAGCCUGUCUGCAGCAGUUCUGGGAAACAAAAAUAUCCAGGGAAUGUCCAGUCUGCAGGAGAAUAUCAUCAAUGGAUCAUCCUCCAGUCAGUCUAACAUUAAAGAACCUGUGUGAGACCUUCUUACAGGAGAGAAGUCAGAGAACUUCAGCAGGGUCUGAGGUGCUCUGCAGUCUGCACAGUGAGAAACUCAAGCUCUUCUGUCUGGACGAUAAGCAGCCUGUGUGUGUGGUGUGUCGAGACUCAAAAACACACAAAAGUCACAACUUCAGUCCCAUCGAUGAGGCUGCACUAGAUAUUAAGGAGGUACUCAAGAUCAAACUGGAGCCCCUAAGAAAUAAAUUCAAUACAUUUGAAGAAGUUAAACUCAUCUGUGACCAAACGACAGCGCACAUUAAGACUCAGACCCAACACACAGAGGAGAUGAUCAAGGAGGAGUUUGAGAAGCUUCACCAGUUUCUACAAGAUGAAGAGGCAGCCAGGAUAGCUGCACUGAGGGAGGAAGAGGAGCAGAAGAGUCAGAUGAUGAAGGAGAAGAUUCAGAAGAUGAGCAGAGAGAUCUCAUCUCUUUCAGACACAAUCAGAGCCAUAGAAGAGAAGAUGGAAGCUGAUGACAUCACAGUCCUGCAGAACUACAAGAGCACAGUGGAAAGAGCCCAGUGCACACUGCAGGAUCCAGAGAGGGUUUCAGGAGCUCUGAUCAAUGUGGCAAAACACCUGGGCAACCUGAAGUUCAGAGUCUGGGAGAAGAUGCAGGAAAUUGUUCAAUACACUCCUGUGAUUCUGGAUCCCAACACUGCAGCCGACAAUCUCUACCUGUCUGAGGAUCUGACCAGUGUGAGAGACAGCGAUGAGUGGCAGCAGCUUCCUGAUAACCCAGAGAGAUUUGAUGAGAAGGCCAGUGUCCUGGGCUCUGAGGGCUUUAACUCAGGGAUUCACUGCUGGGAUGUGGAGGUUGGAGAGAACACAUGGUGGGUUGUUGGUGUGAUGACAGAGUCUCUCCAGAGGAAGGGAAACUAUGCCUCCAUGAGUGGACUGUGGUUUGUUUAUUAUCAAGAUGGUAAAUAUAGAGCAAGCUCUUCACCACAGCCCUCCACUCUCCUCACAGUGAAGCAGAAACUCCAGAGGAUCAGAGUGCAGCUGGACUGGGACAGAGGAGAGCUGUCAUUCUCUGACCCUGAUAAUAACACACAUCUACACACUCUCACACACACUUUCACUGAGAGAGUGUUUCCAUACUUGAGUGUUUCCAGUAAUCUCCCUCCUCUGAGGAUGUUACCAGUGAGAGCUUCAGUGAAAGUAGAGCAGCACAGCAAGAGAUGAUGUCACUUCCUUUUGCCAGAUUAAUAAUGACUUGUUCAUGGUGUUAAAAUGUCUUCAUAAAUUAAGCACUCUGACUAAUUGGCUGUAAUGUUAGUUGCCUCAAGAAAAUCCCACAGGUGUCACGUGAUCUGAACUCUGUAAAUAUUGCAAAUUGAAGGGCAAAUAUCUGUCAGAAAUGUAAUUUAAAUUAUGUUCCUAAACAAGUUACUUUUAUUUUCUAAACGUAUGCUGAUGGUGACGACGCAACAUGGUUACAUUAUUGACCGGCCAGACAGAAAUGUUAAUAAUGAUUUUUACUAACAUUUGAUUCUGAUUUAUUUGGAUUUAUACCUUUCUUAAGAUUCAAGUUACUGUGAUCAUGACAGUUUUCUAAACAAUGAUGUAUGAUUUCAGAUUUUAAGCCUCCUUUUAAUGAUGUUGUACCACUCGUUUGUAUCCAAAAGAAAGGAAAUUCACAAUAAAAUAUAGCUAAAUCAUUCGUACAA